GUUUUGCUCGCGCGUGGACAUGUUUGACUGCAUGGACGUGCUGUCGGUGAGUCCAGGGCAGAUGUUGGACUUCUACACCGCGUCCCCGUCCUCGUGUAUGCUCCAGGAAAAGGCGCUGAAGGCUUGUAUCAGCGGGCUGGCGUACCGCGAGUGGCACCACCGAAGGAGCGCGAACUCCAUUGAGACCCAGAGCAGCAGUUCGGAGGAGUUGGUCCCCAGCCCCCCAUCUCCUCCGCCCCCUCCCCGAGUCUACAAACCCUGCUUCGUGUGCCAGGACAAGUCCUCCGGAUACCACUAUGGAGUCAGCGCCUGCGAGGGCUGCAAGGGCUUCUUCAGGCGCAGUAUCCAGAAGAACAUGGUGUACACAUGUCACCGCGAUAAGAACUGCAUCAUCAAUAAGGUGACCAGGAACCGCUGCCAGUACUGUCGUCUGCAGAAGUGCUUCACUGUGGGCAUGUCCAAAGAGUCUGUGAGGAAUGACCGCAACAAGAAGAAGAAGGAGAGCCCCAAAGCCGAGCUGGGGGAGAGCUACGAGCUGAGUGCAGAGCUGGAGAACAUCAUCGAGAAGAUCCGAAAAGCCCACCAAGAAACCUUCCCCUCCCUGUGCCAGCUGGGCAAAUACACCACAAACUCGAGUGCAGACCACCGUGUGAGGCUGGACCUAGGCCUGUGGGAUAAGUUCAGUGAGUUGGCCACUAAGUGCAUUAUCAAGAUUGUGGAGUUCGCCAAACGAGUGCCUGGGUUCACCGGACUGACCAUCGCUGACCAGAUCACCCUGCUCAAAGCCGCAUGCCUCGACAUCCUGAUCCUGCGCAUCUGCACGCGCUACACCCCGGACCAGGACACCAUGACCUUCUCAGAUGGGCUGACCCUGAACCGCACACAGAUGCACAAUGCUGGCUUCGGACCGCUCACAGACCUGGUCUUCACCUUCGCCAACCAGCUGCUGCCCAUCGAGAUGGACGACACGGAGACAGGCCUGCUCAGUGCCAUCUGCCUCAUCUCCGGAGACCGCCAGGACCUGGAGGAGCCCUCGAAGGUGGACGAGCUGCAGGAGCCGUUACUGGAGGCUCUGAAGAUCUACGUGAGGAAGCGCAGACCCAGUAAACCUCACAUGUUCCCCAAGACGCUCAUGAAGAUCACCGACCUGCGCAGCAUCAGCGCUAAAGGUGCGGAGCGCGUCAUCUCUCUGAAGAUGGAGAUCCCCGGCUCCAUGCCCCCCCAUCCAGGAGAUGCUGGAGAACUCCGAGGGCCAGGACGGGGCCAGCAGCAGUGGCACUUCGGUGGAGGGGGCAGAGGCCAACAGUCCCAGCAGCAGUAAGGGCAGUCCCACCCAAAGCACGGAGGAUCGCACUACUCCGGACGAGGCCCCACAAUCUCCCCCAGACCCCGCACCCGCCUCGCCUCCUCCGCCAUGUGACCCC